AAGCCAACCCACUUGUAGUGAGAGAGAAAGAAACACAGAUUUGGAAAAUAGAGGAGGAGAAAGAAACCCAGCCCAGCCAUCCUCUGGAACACUUUCCUGUUGCCACCUUCAAAGACAUUUAGAUUCCUUCAGACCCUUGAAGAGACUGAAGUUUUCUCAGCUCCAUCGCCCUGUCCCUGAGAAAGAUGCGUGCUUGGGUUUUCUUCCUCCUCUGCCUUGCAGGCAAGGCCUUGGCGGCACCACAGGAGGCUCUGCCAGAUGAGACGGAAGUAAUAGAGGAUCCUGCCACAGAGGAACCUGUGGGAAUCAAUCCCGUUCAGGUGGAGGUUGGAGAGUUUGAUGAGCCUGUUGAAGAAGUGGAGGAGGUUGUUGCUGAAAACCCCUGCCAGAACCAUCACUGCAAGCACGGCAAAGUCUGUGAACUCGAUGAGAACAACACCCCUAUGUGUGUAUGCCAGGAUCCCUCCAGUUGCCCAGCCAGCACUGCAGUAUUUGAGAAGGUGUGUGCCACAGACAACAAGACCUAUGACACUUCUUGCCACUUCUUUGCCACCAAAUGCACUUUGGAGGGAACCAAGAAGGGACACAAGCUCCACCUGGACUAUAUUGGACCUUGCAAACUCAUUCCUCCCUGCCUUGAUGCUGAGCUGAGUGAAUUUCCUCUGCGUAUGCGUGACUGGCUGAAGAAUGUCUUGGUCACCUUGUAUGAGCGUGAUGAAGACAAUAACCUGUUGACUGAGAAGCAGAAACUCAGAGUGAAGAAGAUUCACGAGAACGAGAAGCGCCUGGAAGCUGGUGACCACACUGUGGAACUGCUGGCCCGUGACUUUGAGAAGAACUACAACAUGUACAUCUUCCCUGUGCACUGGCAAUUUGGCCAGCUGGACCAGCAUCCCAUUGAUGGAUACCUGUCCCAUACUGAGUUGGCUCCCCUGAGAGCUCCCCUCAUCCCCAUGGAGCAUUGCACCACUCGCUUCUUUGAUACUUGUGAUCUGGAUAAUGACAAGUACAUCGCUCUGGAGGAAUGGGCCAGUUGCUUUGGCAUUAAGGAGAAGGAUAUUGACAAAGAUCUGGUGAUCUAAAUUCAGCAGCUUCAUCCGCUAUCCACAAAUCAACAUUUUCUUUCAUUUUUACCAGUCUGAAGUUUUUAUUUUGGUUGUUUUAUUGGGGACAAGGUGCUAAUAUAGAUCUAAACAUAUAUAUUAACGGUGCUAAAAAAGAGAAAAAGACAGAAAGUUGUUAGUAGCCUAAUCUAUACCACUAGAUUACUCUGCUCACGCACUCAUCUGCAUUUCUGUUGACCUUUUGAUUUGAUAUCAGUACAGUGAAAAAAAUCUGCUUUUAUUCAAGGUAUCGACUCCUUCUCCUGAUCCACUCCUUUUCUAACUUUUACAAAAAUCUUCAUGUGUUUGCCUAUUUAACUUGCAGCCUAAGGAACUCCAGAGGAUUCAGUCCCUAAUUUAUAGAAGGCAAGUAAAGGAAGGUGUACCAAAAAGAGGAGCUGGGAGACAGGGCUUUACAAAGUCAGGUGAUGUAAUUGUUUUUUGAAAGUUUAGGUGACUUGGAUUUGAUUCACUACCAGAAUAGGAAGUGAGAACAAAGGUAGAGGCCUGCAAAAUUUAGAAUGGUAACUUUUGAUUCCACAGUUCUUGAAUGUAACAAUUGGGAACAGACUAAUAAAAAAGUCAUGAAAAUAGAAUAUGGGACAUGUAUGGGGGGGAAGUCUUGUAACAUGCCCACAGCCUCUAAAAUAAAAAUUUUAAAAUGCUA